AUGACUGCAAGGCAAAUAGCUCAAAGUGUUGGUGGAAACACUAAUAUAAAGAAUACACUAAUUAAUAUGGCGUACUGCGUGUUAAUCCUUCUGGGUAAAUCGAUCCAGAAGCUCGUGUUCGGUGAACUUCGAGCUUCGGAGAGGCAACACCUGAAGGACAAGUUUUGGAACUUCGUCUUUUACAAAUUCAUCUUCCUAUUCGGGGUGCUGAACGUGCAGUAUAUGGACGAAGUUGUCCUUUGGUGGGCAUGGUUCACGGCGCUCGGGUUCCUAAGUCUGCUCAGUCAACUCUGCAAGGAUCGAUUCGAAUACGGAUCGAUGAUAAAUUCGCUGAUCCUUGCUCAAAUUGAUCACUUUAAUGCAUUCUCGAAGUCAGAUAUUUUGAUGAGAUUGAAAUAUGCUAUAGUCUAUGUGAAAACAGGAGGGGUUUAA